UGCUGUAGUGUAACUUGUGCGGUAACACCAAGUUUGGUGUGUUAGCUCAUCUCCCAUAAUAUCCCUCAAACAUCCCACAAAUAUCGCACGUCCUCUCAAGCUUUCACUCUUCCCUCACAAUGGAGUUGCCGGUGAAGAUUCCGGUCCACGGUGGCCAGAGAACACCAUAUAGAAUUGAAACCAGAAAUCUGAGCUACAAAUUAUGUGCCCAAUUUGAUGAAAUGAAAUGGGUGCUAUGUGGUGGUGCUAGUUCCAAGAGAGUUCCAAGCUUCAUUUUGAAGAAUGUCAACUGUGAAGCAAGGCCUGGUGAGAUCACUGCCAUUGCUGGUCCUAGUGGAGCUGGGAAAACCACACUGCUAGAAAUUCUUGCUGGAAAGAUCUCCCCAAAGAAAGUGUGUGGUCAAGUUCUGGUUAAUAAUCUUCCCAUGGAGGCUAAAAGUUUUCGGAGAAUGUCGGGGUAUGUUACUCAAGAUGAUGCUCUAUUCCCAUUACUUACGGUUGAAGAAACACUCAUGUAUAGUGCCCUUCUGAGGCAUCCUAGUGGGAGAAAGGAGGCUGCAGCCAAAGUGAGGCAGCUGAUGAAAGAGCUUGGGCUGGAACAUGUUGCGGCUUCAAGAAUCGGUGGGGGAUCAAGCAAAAAUGGGAUUUCAGGUGGAGAAAGGCGAAGAGUUUCAGUUGGAGUUGAUUUAGUGCAUGAUCCAGCUGUGAUUUUGAUUGAUGAACCAACUUCAGGACUGGAUUCUGCCUCAGCUUUCCAUAUAGUGUCAUUGCUCAAAACAAUGGUUGUCAAUCAAGGCAAGACUAUUGUUCUCACCAUUCACCAACCUGGUUUUCGGAUCUUAGAAAUGUUUGAUCGCCUUGUUCUGCUUUCCAACGGAACUGUCAUGCACAACGGAUCGAUGCAUUUUCUCAAAGAAAGGCUCAAGUUUGCAGGACAUUGCAUCCCCAACCAUGUCAACAUGCUUGAAUUUGCAAUCGAUGUUAUUGAAAGCUUGGAUACACAAAUUCCAGAAGCCUUAAACAACCGACGUUUCCUCAGAGGGAAUCAUAAGUUUGAGCACCAUUUUCACAGUUUAGAAGAAAAGAAGCAACUCUACCGGAAUUCUAGACUCGAGGAAGUUGUUAUACUAGGAGAAAGAUUCUGCAGCAACAUUUUCAGAACCAAGCAACUGUUUGUCACAAGAGUCGUACAAGCCUUGGUAGCUGGGUUACUACUCGGAACCAUAUUUCUAAACGUAGGCAGACAACAAAGUACAAUCGCUUUACAAACCCAAACUGGUUUUUUUGCCUUCAGCCUCACUUUCUUGCUAUCUUCCACAACAGAAGGCCUGCCGAUUUUCUUACAAGAGAGAAGAAUACUAAUGAGUGAGACUUCCAAAGGAGCCUACAGAGUUUCCUCCUAUGUUAUAGCAAACGCCCUCAUAUUUCUUCCUUUCCUUUUGAUGGUUGGUAUUCUCUUUUCCACUCCGGUUUACUGGUUGAUUGGAUUGAGGGGAGACGUCGACAAGUUCAUCUACUUCAAUCUUGUGGUCUGGAUGGUUCUUCUGAUGUCCAAUUCUGUUGUAGCAUGUUUCAGUGCUCUUGUGCCUAACUUCAUCAUGGGGACAUCAGUUGUUUCGGGGCUAAUGGGAUCGUUCUUUCUCUUUUCCGGAUACUUUAUUCCGAAGGAGAACAUUCCAAGUUACUGGCUUUUCAUGCAUUACUCAAGUCUUUUCAAGUACCCUUUUGAGUGCUUUAUGAUAAAUGAGUAUGGAGGAGAGAAGGGAAGAAGGUGCAUUCAGAUUAUUGAUAAAGGAGUAUGCAAUCUAUAUGGGGAUGAAUUGUUAAGACAGCAGAAUUUAAGAGACACACAAAAAUGGAGCAAUUUGGCUGUGAUGCUGGGUUUCAUAGUUGGGUAUAGAGUCCUUUGUUUUCUUAUUCUGUGGUACAGAUGCUACAGAAACAGAAACUAG